ACCAGUACUCAGCCGAACUCCAUUGGUAGCAGGCUAACUCGAGGAUAAAACUGGACGCCUAUUGGAUCACGAAAACACACCCACGGAGUCCCGUAUACCAGUAGCAGUAGCAGCCACUAGCACUCAGCAGCCAGACACCAACAGCGAGACAAAACCACCAUCAUGAAGUACAUGUGUCUGCUGAUGCUCCUCUGCUUCUCCCUGGUGAACUCCGAGGUCAGGCAAGCGGAUCCCGGAUCCGGUUCCGGUGAUGAGCCUCCAAUAACGGACGAACAAGCGGAUCCGAGCGACGUCGCAGCCGACGAAUCUUCAUUUGACGAUAAGCGCAGACCGAUUUGCCAUCAUACAUCAGUCUGCAGAUUUGCAAAUGGAAUCUGCAGGAGACACUGCAGGCUGAAUGAGAUACACCUGAAGAAUGGAUGCACUGGUGGCAGGCACUGCAAGUGCUGCGUUGUCAAGAAUCAAAACUGCAUUGUGACCAGUCAGUGCAAGAAGGCCAGCGGGGUGUGCCAGACCGCAGUGUGCAGUACCCAACAAGUUGAGAUCGUCAACGGAUGCUCCAAAGCCAACAGCACUGGCACCUAUUCGUGUCACUGUUGCGCUCAUUUUGGGAACAGAGAAGGUGAAGACACCGAAGGAACAGGAGUGGCAGUAGGAAACGAAAUAGCAGAAGGAACAGGAGACAAUAAACUGGUGCCAGAAGCAGCGCCAGGGGAAGAAGAAGUGGUACAAGAAGAAGAAGAAAUACCACAAGAGCAAGCAAAGGGGCCAGAAUAAAUGCCGAGAAGAGGAACAAGCAAUCGAAAAAAGAACAGAAUGUCCUAUUAUGCAACACACAUAUAGACACACACACAGACGCAGACACACACAGACGCAGACACACACAGAUGCAGACACAAACAGACAGUCACACAUACAAAACAACACACUACCUUUACUCCAUACCAAAAACUGUCUUUUUAAACCUUCCAUUGAUAACUACUGCUCACCAGGUCGACUACUAUGGGCUCUUGCAUAACAAUAUAAGAGUAACACUAAUCUUGAAUUUGAUUUACUGAAGGUCUGAAAGAUCACAGAUUAUCUUAACACUAACCUGCUACUGAUUUACUGAUCGCCAGUGUUCAUGCUUCAAAACUAGGUCAAAAUUUUAUUUUAUCAAUUUGUUUUGCUAAUUAUUUUCCGAACAAACAUUUACAAUUAUAAAUAUUAUGUUCAAAUGUUUUGCGCUUCAACAUAUAAAUGAUUUGCGUUUAGAUAAUAGCUGUGUUCUGAUGACCAUUUUUGACAGAUUGAUGAAGAUUAAGCCACCCAAGAGGUGGCACGGGCAUGAAUAGCCCGUAAGUGGUGGCCCUUUCGAGCCAUUACCAGUAUCAAAAGAUGAUACUGGAUUUUUGACAAUUUUGAUUUUGUUUUUGUUUGGUUUUCUUCCUUUGUUAGUAUUUUUCUUCACCGAGACCCAAAGUCUCGGCGAAGAAAAAAGACAUUUAGAAAAUAUUAAGAGGUUUCUCCCUGAAUAUUUCUUUUUAUGUUCUUCUUUUACCACUUUUAAUUGGUUUUAUCUAUCUGUAUAGCUAUGUUACAGCUACAAGAUAGUCAGUUACUGUUCAAUAAUUAUUUCCAGUCCUUCAGAGUUGGGUAAUGUACCCACGAUACAGUAGGUGUUUCCUCUCUGGAUCGUGAGGUUGUCUUUAAGUUAUAUUACGAGUUUUAUCAUGGUUAUGAACAAUAAAAAUAUAAUAAAUA